UUUCACUUGAUAAGGAAACUUUUUCCUUCUCUCUUUUUUUUUCAAGUUAAAACGGUUAGAGUGGAGAAAGAGCACAACUGGAAUACGAACUCUUCAGACUCGCCUCCAAAAUGACACCUGAAGUAUUGAAAACUGUAAUCAUUCUGUCUUGCAUGAUAGGGGUUCUUAAUGCCAUGCAAGUAAGUACUCCAUCUCCACGCAUCAACACAACAGCAGGAGGAAAUGUCACUCUCCAGUGCAACUUCCAAACAUCUGAGCCAUUGACCAAUCUCUUCAUUCAGUGGCAAUUUACAGACACUAGGUUACAGCAUAACUCGGUAUAUGCGUACAUCAAUGGAAAGGGAAGCACCCCACCCAAGUAUGGUGGAAGAGUCUUCGCUUCAGCACCAAAUUCUGCAACCAUAAACAUCACCAACAUGCAGCCAUCUGAUUCUGGCACUUAUGUUUGUGAGGUGAUGAAUGUACCUGAUAUCGAAGGAACGACUCAAGCAUCGAUUCUUGUUUCUGUGUUGGCUCCACCUUCCAAACCAUACUGUGCGGCACAUGGGACUGAGGAAAGAGGUCAUCUGAUAACUCUGACGUGUUCCUCAAACAUGGGGUUGCCUUCUCCUCUAUACACAUGGAGUAAACUUGAGAAUGGUGUCGAAAAAGUACCAAAUGGAAUCAUGGAUACUUCAUCUGGAAGUUUAAUAAUUAGUAACCUGUCACUGGUAGAAUUUGGCAUAUACCAAUGCAAUGCCUCAAACAUUCUUGGAUCUGCAACUUGUACAGUGGAAUUAACCCAUGGAGAGAUGAGUGGAGCUAUUGUUGGAGGCAUAUUUGGAGCUAUUUUAAUUGCUAUUAUUAUUGUCAUAGUUGUUUGUGUUGUAAAAUCCAAAAAGAUGAAGGGAAAAAAUAUCAAUGAAAAUAAAACCGCUAAGGAACUGAAUGCUGUACCUGGAAAGGAUGAGAGCACAAGGUACAAAUCAGGUUCCUCUGAAGAAGCUGCUCCUAUGAAUGCUGCAGUAGAGAAUCAGGCUGAGCCACAUAUCCUUGAAAUUAAGUCGGAUGAUGAAACCCAGUCACUUCAUAACAGUGAAAAGGCAGAGGCGUAGUUUACAGCUGGUCUUUGGUCACGGGGGUCCCUGCUACAAAGGAGGCUACAGGGAUGAUCCACCCUUUAGGAUUUGUUUAAAAUGUCUUUUUAUAUUUUGUAUUCUGUUAAGGGAAAAUGUCAAGUAUGAAAGUUAUCAGUAGUAUUACUAGAGAGGU